CCCACAUAUGUCCCUCACAGUACACGGAGCCCCCCCUCCCCCCGGCCGGUACCUGAGCGGCCCGGCGUGUAUUUCCAGGGGGAGCUAUUAUAGGAGGACACUCGGCCAGCUUCCCUCAUUCACAAGACAUGGCUGCUUCUACACCUGGCAGGAAUGUUCCCCGGACCAUCACGGCUCCAUCCCCGGGCAGCCCGACUCGCCUCUCCCGGCUGCAGGAGAAGGAGGAGCUGAGCCAUCUCAAUGACCGGCUGGCCGCCUACAUCGAGCGGGUGAGAUCUCUGGAGGCGGACAAGUCUCUGCUGAAGCUGCAGCUGGAGGAGAAGGAGGAGGUGACCACCAGGGAGGUCUCCAACCUCAGGCUGCUCUAUGAGACCGAACUGGCCGAUGCCCGGAAACUGCUCGACUACACGGCCAACGAGAGGGCCCGGCUGCAGGUGGAGCUCGGCAAGACCCGGGAGGAGCACCGGCAGCUGCAGGCCAGAAAUGCGAAGAAAGAAUCCGAUUUAGGUCAUGCUCAGAACCAACUGAGAGAUGCUGAAGCGAAGCUGAAUUCAAAAGAAGCUGAGCUUGCCACUUCGAAGAGUAACAAAAGAUGUUUAGAAGAGCAGCUCCAAGACCUGAAGGCACAAAUAUCUGGACUUGAAUCUUCAUUGAAGGAGACAACAAAACAGCUGCACGAUGAAAUGCUAUGGAGAGUGGACCUGGAGAAUAAAAUGCAAACCCUCAAGGAGCAAUUGGAUUUUGAAAAAAAUAUACAUGGCCAGGAGGUGCAUGAGAUGAAGAAACGUCAUGAUACCCGGAUUGUAGAGAUUGAUUCUGGUCGAAGGCUAGAAUUCGAGAACAAGUUGGCUGAGGCCCUGCAAGAGCUCAGACGAGACCAUGAGGAGCAGAUCAAGGAGUACAAGGACCAGCUGGAGAAAACAUUCAGUGCCAAGUUGGAGAACGCACAACUUGCAGCUGCCAAGAACAGCGAUUAUGCCAGUGCAACCAGGGAAGAGAUAAUGUCUACGAAAAUCAGAAUAGACGCUUUGGCCUCACAUCUAAGCCAGUGUCAAAAACAGAACUCUGCACUGGAAAACAAAGUGAGAGAGCUGCAGGAGUUGCUGGACCGUGCACAAGAUCUACAUCGGAGACAGAUGACUGAGAAGGACAGAGAAGUGUCUGAGAUGAGGCACAAACUGCAAGCACAGUUGGAGGAAUAUGAACAAUUGCUGGAUGUAAAGCUUGCAUUAGAUAUGGAAAUAAAUGCCUACAGGAAAAUGCUGGAAGGAGAAGAGCAAAGGCUGAAGUUAUCACCGAGCCCUGCACAGAGGAGCACAGUCUCUCGAACCAGCACUACUCAAAAAAGCCAUUCCGUACGAGGGAAGAAGAGGAAGUUGGAUGAGAGUGGGAGAUCAUCCAGCAGACCUGGAUAUAGGAUCAUUCAGGAAGCCAACUCUUCCGGACCGGUAUCUAUAGAAGAGAUUGACCCUGAGGGAAAGUGCCUGAGACUUGUGAACCAAUCGGAUCAGGAUCAACAGAUAAGUGGCUGGACAGUUAGAAGACAGCAUGCAAGCCUGCCUGAAAUUGGCUAUAAACUUCCUGGGCGAUUCAUCCUUAAAGCUGGCCAGCAAGUUACGAUAUGGGCUGCUGGAGCUGGAGCUGUACAUAGUCCUCCUACCGACUUGGUCUGGAAAUCGCAGAAGUCUUGGGGGACAGGAGAUGAUGUCAAAGUAACUCUCCUAGAUUCUACUGGAGAGGAGUGUGCUGAACGAACCCUCUUUAGGAUACAGAGGGAUGAGGGGGAGACUGAUGAUGAAUUACUGGAAGAGGAGCUAUCAGAGCUUCGUGCCAGGCCAAAGCGAAAGAAAAAGAAAUGUUGCUUAAUGUCAUAAUGGCCGUAUGUACAGGCCCACCAGACUGGAGAUCCCAGCUGUUCUGUUAUGUAAUCCAGCCACUCAAGUGUAACAUCAAGAAGACUGCUCUUAAGU